GAAUAAACAUACUGUAUUAGCUAUCAGGCAGAACGUCCUAUAAUAUAUCACAGUGGAUUUUUUUUCUGGGUGUAUGAUUCAUUUUAAAGAAUUUCAGUGUUGGAAAACAUCUUUAUUGGAUCUAAGAGUAACUGACAUUGAUAUGAAUAUUUAUUGUACAUGAGUAGUGUUGUAUACAUGCAAGUGUGUCUGGCCUCUCAUGAAGUCAGCAGACUGAGUUUUCUUCAAGGAGGCAGAUAGUAGCUGUUAUAAGUGUAAGCAGACGACCAAACAGACACUCAAUAGAGAAUUGAAUUUUCAUUGCCAUUAUGAAUGUUGGGAGGAUAAUUUUUGAUGAAGGAAAUUUUGCAAAUUUUAUUACUUAUGUAUGUACGGUGAUUGAACCAAAGGAUGGAUAAGAAAUGUUAGUGAUGUUGUGAAGCGUGUGGGAGUUGUGUUAGUGCAAUAUUGAAUACCUCUGAGCGAUGUAUUGAAACAUUAUAUGAAGAGAUACAAAUGUUCGGGGAUGAUUAUUGACAGAAUAAUUGUGAAAAUCUGAACAGAAGAUUCUGUUGAUAUUAUUAAAGCUCUCGGAGGACUGGAUUUUAAAUAGUUCUAGUGAACUAGAGAUGAUUUUAUAUGUAUUUCAUUUCAUUUUGAAACUGUUGAUUCUAGUUUGAUUUGGAAUUACCACGUUAGAAGAAUCAGGAAAAUUUUGAUGCUGUUCAUGAGAUUUAUGCUUGAUUUCUGUUCUCUGUGAAUGAUCAGAGUCCGUUCUUGUGAGCUAUAGUGUCUUAAAAUGAGCAGAACUGCUGAGGUAGGCCUGGUCCGGUACAAGUACCAGUGCAUCAGGUGGUCAUAUAUUAUUCUAUUGACAGAAAAUUAACUGGAAGGUUGGGAAUUUUAUUGGUGGCAUUUUAAAUAGAUUUUUGUGAUGGUCGAAAUUCAUUAUGAAUUGUUUGAUCUGUAUUGGAAUACACACACUUUGGAAAUUUUAGUCAAUUAAUGCUAUCAUUUACACCGAGAAUUUAGGAUUAUUUGGUAGAAAGCCAAUAUGUGCAAAAUCAAUGGAAUUCUGGAAUUUGAGCAUGUAGGUUUAUAAUUAUUAUCAAGAACAUUUUACAAGGGAGUUAGCUGAUUAAGGUUUUGAAUGUUUAAUUCAUCAGCAAAUUGAUUUAGAGAGAUGAUUUUUCAACCUCAGUGUGAUUAUAGAAAAGUGAAUACAAAGCUUCUCGCAGGAAUUCUUGAAUCCUCUAAAUCUCGGACACUUGUCAUCUGCUGAGACAAUUAUCCAGUGACAUUUUGGAAAGUAAAAAUUUCUGACAUGGAGGGCACUGGAACUUUAGAAUCCCCUCAGUAUGAGAGGAUUUAUGUGAAUGGUUACCAUGGCAACCAACAAAAACAACACAGCUGUGUGGAGGAGAAUCCCACGUGUCAGCUCCAUCUAGCAGCAUUGACAUCUUUAAAAGGGGAGAUAAUUGAACUAAACAACAGACUCCACCAUGUGACCAGUGAACGAGACGUCCUAGAGAAACAAAUCAACAGGUUACAGGCAGAUAAGCUGAGGCUGCAGCAUGAGUGUGAGAAGAGACUGGAUAUUACAGCAGGGCGGUAUGAGGAGCGGAUCACAGAACUUCACAGUGUCAUAGCAGAGCUUAGGAAAAAGAUAGAGAGGCACCAGAUUAAUGUCAUUAGAGAAGAAGAUGAGUAUGAGGACACAGCAGCACAGAGCAACAAGAGUAAUGAUGGGGGGAGUCGUGCCGCCAACGAAUCACAGGCCAACAGUCUGGAUAUCCUUGGUAGCGACUUGAACACUGAAAUAUCCCAAGUGGUAACAGCUCUGGACAAUGUCAUAGAGAAUCAGCCAAUGACAGCAGGGCAGGGGACUGUGGAGGAGGGGUGUAAUACUGAAGAAGCACUGUGUGAUAUCGAGGACAACGACAGCGCCGAGGAACUGGCCAUACAGGCUUGUAAGCAGAUAGAUGCCCUUGAUCUUGAAUCUCCUCCUUCACCCCCGCCACGUGGCCUGAGACCAGCCACUUUUCAUCCACCCCCUCCACCCCCACCUAAUGAAUAUCCUGACCCCGCCUACCUACAGGAAGUGAUCUUCUCCUUAAGACAGGAUGCUCUAAUGUUACAGGAGACUGUACAGAGACAGGAGGCGGAGCUGAAUAUGCAUAAGGCUGCAAUUGGCAGUUUGAAGGAGGAUAGAGACAAGUUAAGACAGAGGGUUCAUGAAAUGAGAACUGAGCAGAUGUCUCCCCAACAUCUGAAAACCUCACCGCAGGCCAGCAGGACAUCAACCCCCACCAAAAACCACCCACCCCAUACACCCACAGACAGAUCUCAGAUGUCCAACAAUGAAACAUUCCCGGUGGCCAAAGUGGCUGAACUUAAGAAGCUCAAGACCUGCUCCAAUGAACGGCCAGUGUUGGGUUGUGAGCUAGAGUCGGGAGGGCUUCCAAACACCAAAGUAGCAGAGCAUUUGGUACAGAACAUUCAGGAGGGCUCCAGCAUGCAAGAGAUCGUACAGAACCUGUACACCGAGGGAGGGCCACUAGUGGAAAACAAAGUCCAGGAAUUCGAGAUCGAGUUUGAGAGACUGCAGAGCAAAAUUGACAGUUUGAAGUCGCAAAAUGAUCUUCUAAGUUUGACUUUGGAGGAAUCUAAAUCUCAGUCCGAUCGCUUGAGUGUACUCAUUGGAAAGUAUGAGUCUAAUAACACUGCUUUACAGCUAGCUCUGAAUUACUCGGAUCAGACAAUUGAGGCGUACGAUAUUGUGUUGUCUUUGACUGAGAGUGAGUUAGCAUUGACUCUGUCUAACUGUCGAACUGCUGGAGUAACCCAGGGUCUCAGGAAUUCACCUCACACUCAGGAGGAAAUCAACCAGCUCGCUCAGAAAGCUCGAAAUACACGCAAAACAGUAGAAAAUGUGGCCAGGCAUUUAAUUCAAAAGUUGGAUAGGAAUUUUGGUGUAAACCCAUGGGAGGAUAGUUCUACACACACUGCAAGCACCAGCAGCAGUGGAUGUUACUCUGAAGAUUUCUCCAAAGCUGAGGAGCAGAAACUCCGCGAGUACAUCCACCAACUGAAGACGGACCGAGCAUCCAUCAAAUCCACUGUGAUGGAGCUGGAAAGUCUGUACUCACCGGAUCCCCCCGCCAGCGAGCCUGCUCGCCAAUCCGAGGCCUGCAGACUGGAUCUGGAAAACGCAGUACUCAUGCAGGAACUGAUGGCCAUGAAGGAGGAGAAGGCAGAGUUGAGGGCCCAGAAUUACCUCCUGGAGAAGGAGAAAAAUGCUCUGGAACUGAGGCUCAGUGGGAAGGAAUCCAGGGAGCAGGCCUACGUAAUCCAGAUAGAACAUCUCAAGUCCGAGAUGGAGGAGAGGAACAAGUCCCAGGAGGCAGAGCAGCAAUACUCAGAAACUCCAUCAGCUGACAAGAUGUCACAUGACUUCCAGGAGGGAUCAUCUCAAGAUCUGUUAGAGGCCUUGCAGAGAGAGAGGAAGUUGAAAUCUAGGGUUCAGGAACUAGUGGUGGCCUUAGAAAAAUUGUCUCGGAAUUCUGAAAUCAGGCACCAGCAGUCUGCAGAGUUUGUCAAUGACCUCAAGAAAGCAAACAGUGCCUUGAUAGCAGCAUUUGAGAAGACCAAAAAGAAAUACCAAGGGAAGCUGAAGAAGCUGGAAUUUCAGAUCCAGGCUCUCACAGAGCGAUAUGAGGCUCAGAUUCACAUGCUGAAACAGAGGUUGUUGGCGCUGGAAAACAAUGGCUGUAUCCCACCAAAUGAAACUUCACUGUAGCACUCGAUAGUCAGUUGUGGGAAAAGCAUUUGUUAUUCUGUGAUAUUUUGUUUAAACUUGCUUUUAUGUCAUUGUAGUAUUCUUUUAUAUAUUAUAUUAUAUUUCAAGCUUUACUUCAUGCAUAUUUCAUGUAGCUUUCAACUGCUUUACAUCUUAUUAUGGCACUGGUUUGUGAAGCAAUCAAUUUAGAUACAUGUAGUGAUAAAAGAUCGGUAGUGUUUCACCUUGUGGACUUUCACGUCAAAUUCAUAAUGCUUGUGUAUAUUAUGAGCUUUUGAGGAAAUGUUUAAAAUUUGUGCUUUUAUUUCAGAUAGAAUAUAUGUAAUGUCACUUUUGUAAUGAUACUCACCCUUGGGUAUAGGUACUUUUACUUGUACAAUGCAAAUAUUUCUGAUAUAUGAACAAUAAGCCAAAAACUUGUAUUCAUUUUCAAAAUCAUGCCUGGUAAAAUAAUCUUAUGAGAAUAACAUGUACAGUUACCUUUUCUGAAUGUGGUGUUUGUAUAUCUCAACAUGUUUGUGUGUUUCAUCAUAAUGUUUGUGUAUUUCAUCAUAAUUUUUGUGUAUUUCAUCAUGAUGUUUGUGUAUUUCAUCAUAAUUUUUGUGUAUCUCAACAUGUUUGUGUAUUUCAUCAUGAUGUUUGUGUAUUUCAUCAUAAUUUUUGUGUAUCUCAACAUGUUUGUGUAUUUCAUCAUGAUGUUUGUGUGUCUCAUCAUGUUUGUGUAUUUGGCCAGAAAGAACAGCUGCCUAUUUAGUGAUGUUUGAAAAGAUGAUUACAUGUCCAAGUCAUUUAGUUAGAAUCUCACAAUACACUUGUAAGUAUGUGUCUAUAAUAGGGCUGUUUCUUUUUCUUGUUAUAUAUGUGGUUAUGAUUAUGAGAAUUAUGAUGCAUGGUACAUGUGUAGCAAGUUUGUGCGAUUUUCUUUUUAUCCAGUACUGACUUUGAUUUAAACAAACGAAGAUCAUGUUGGUUCAACUUCAUGACUUGAAAAUCCACAAAAAUGAAGAGAGAUAUAAGACUGGAGGGAUUAGAGGAGCCCAGUGCAGAGAGAAAUAAUAACUGUUUAUCAGAUUCAGCAAGGUUGACUUGCAGUGCAUUGAAUUUCAGAGGUUGGAUGUAAUUAUUGUGGUACAUUAUGUUUGGAAGAAUAAUUACACAGCUGGUAUAUUUUAUAUUCAUUUCAUUUUUUCCCCACAUUCAUAUGAGCACCUCUGAUAGAUCUUACAUUUUUAAAAUACUUGAAUUUAUUUUGUUUCUUCGUGAUGUGAAAUAGUUUAGACUGUUUCCAUCUUGUUUACUUUCCUGAAAUACACAGUUGUUUUACCUUUGGAUUUUUUGUAUGACUGUUUUAUAUAUUAUAUAUACAUUUUUUUGUAUAUGUAUAAAUGUAAAAUUGAACUGUUGGUUGAAAACUUCCAUAUUUGCAAAAGAAGAGAUAUUUAUUUAUUUCUGAGGAUGUGUGUUUGUUGAUGUUGGCAGUAUUUAUUGUUAUGUAAAUAAUACUUAACUAUGUGUUCAAAAUCACGGUGCUAAGUGGUAAUUAUAACGUAGGGAAGUUAAAUAUCUGUCAUUUUAUUUUGAACACUGUGACUUCUAUGUUCAUGUUAAUUUGUUUUUACUUGUACAGUCAGGCUUGAUAGAGUUCUUAACAUGACAAAAACUUAAAAGUUUUUCAUCUGUAGUAAAACAUGGAGCAAUGUGAGAACAAA